AUGACAACAAUCAUACAUUGUACUCUAACGGAUAGUAAUCUUAAUAUAAUCGAUGAAAUCGUUGAUGGAAAAGCAAAUGAUGAUUUAAUGAAUUUUUUUCAUCGAAAUCAAAUUCAUCGAGAAAGAACUAUUGUUGUAGCUGGCAUGUAUUUAGGUCGGAUUCGAGCUCAUCUCAAACAAUUAGCACCUCAAUUUAAUGAAUUUUGUCAUUAUCGGUCGAUUGAUGUUGAUGUUAUUUCAUUAAUAUGUGAAAAAUGGUUUCCAAAUAUUUAUAAACAACGACCUUUGAUCAAGGAUGAAAAUCAAUUAAAAUAUUCUAUUGACCUUCUUCGUUUUUAUCGUUCGACUAUAUUUAAAUAG